AAAUAACUUACGAUUUACCAACCCUUACAAUUUUGGUGUUUGUUUAUAUAAAUAUGGAUAGUUAUUUUAUUUUUCCAAUUUUGAUUAAUAUUCAAAACAGUUUUAACACGAAAUAUUAAAAAGAGAAAAGGGAUUGCCAUGGAGAAUUUAAGUUUCAGUGAGAAAGUGGAAGCGUACUUUUCGGAGUUAGGGCGAUGGAAAGUAUGGCGUAGUAUAGCACUUGGUCAAGUGCUGUCCCUACUCUUGAGUGGAAAAUGUAUUUUAACAACUCUUCUUCAGAGUGCUACCUGGCAGUUUCCAACUACAGCUCAGCUGGUUAUCCCAUAUUUAGCGCUUUUCAUUUUAUUUACCCCAACCUUGAUCUGUAAUGGUGUUAAUAAGUUAUCAAAAAAAUGGUGGAUAGUUAUACUGGCCUGUAUCCUUGAUGUGGAGGCUAGCUGGCUUUUGAUUCUAUCACAAAGAUUUACAUCUGUCUUGAGCUGACAGUUGCUAGCAUGUAGUGGUGUUGGCGCUGCAUUGGUUGGUGGAGCCUGGCGAGGACAAAGGCUUGGUGUUGUGCACGUAGCAGGUGCAACCUUAGGACUGAUGGCCGUUGUAUGUGUUGUAUGGGCUGAUGUAGAAGGUGCUCCUACUGAUGGUAAAAAUCAGUUAGUAGGAGAUAUGCUUUGCCUGGGAGGAUCAUUACUGUAUGCAUUGAUGACAGUUUUGCAAGAAAUUAUGCUCCAAACCCAAUCAUGCUCAGAAUAUUUGGCCAUUCUUGGUCUAAUUGGGGGCACACAUUCAUGCCUACAGACAUUCUUUCUAGAUUUUAAUGAAUUGGUAACAUUCUAUUGGUAUGAAGUGGGUACAAUAUUUCAACUGGGAAGCUACUGUUGCGUUCAGACUGUCUUUCAAAUACUACAAAGUUUUAUGUUGAGAGAUGCAGGUGCCAUUAUGCUGCACUUAUCAUUUUUAUCGUCUGAUUAUUUUACACUGAUUGCAGGAAUGUUCAUAUUUCAAUUUAAGUUCCACUCAUUAUAUUUCCUAUCAUACCUAUUGGCUAUGCUGGGAGUAUUCCUCUUCAGCUCCCGCACGACGCGUCCUCCGCCGCCUCCUGCUCUCUUACCGCAACUAGUCAACGAUUCUGUUCAGUCGCAGGAUAAUGUAUCCAUGGAGUAUACUGUACCAACGCUUGAUUGUAUUCCACUUUCUGAAGGACUCGAACCCCCUAUGAGCCGAGACACAACAUUCACUUCCUUCCUUGGGGGCAAUCAGAGCAGUAUGCCAAAUGGCACAUUUAGCUUAUCACAAAAUAAGGAUUAGUUUGCCUAAAUAUUCUAUAUUAUAUAUUUAAAUAUUUUUUUAGCCAAUUUGAAGCCUCUUAGAUAAUCUUGCUAUUUAUGUUAGCAAUAUAUUU